CCGGCGGACUCUGCGUUUAAAUAGAGCUGCAGGACAUCAGCUGCUACUAUAUUCAGCCCGUGCUGUGACAGAAAAUAACCCGUAGUGCUAGCAAAACAGGCUGCUCUUAUUUUUAAAAACGACAGAAAUAAUUUUUGGCCCCGAAGACUGUUUGAUUGUUUUGGAGUUUUUUUCGUUUUUUUUGUUUUUUGGAGCAGUAGAGCGGAACAAUAACGGUGGUUGCUCUCCUGACAGCCCGGCCGGUGCAUCAUUGUUGGGAUUCCUCUGCUAGCCCUCGGACGAAACUGAGUAGCGGUAAUGUGAUGAUGAGUCCCAGCAGAAUGAUUUAGGCUUUUCUCGACAGCGUUUGUUUACUGAGGUAGAUUGUAAACAAAAACAGCCCGUGUGGCAUAAGUGGCCUGGACUGUGGGAGGACCGAUGGACUCGAGAUGAUGAGAGUGCAUUUGAAUGAUCGGGUUUAAAUUCUGAUAAGCUGCAGUUUGUUUUUAUGCUUUGAACUUGUAGACAUCAGCAGAGUGUAAAUCUUAAAAUAACUUCCAACUUGGCGGAAUAUAUGCUCAAAAAUAACAAGUGUCACCACCCAUUCAGAGCUGUAGGAUAGUGACUAACGUAUAACCGUGAGGCACUUAAGGAUUUCAGGCAUAAAUAGUCUUAUAUUGUGUGGAAUAAAAUAUAUAUGAAUAUAUAUAUAUAUAUAUUCAUACAUAUUCAUGCAGGUCUUAUGAAAAGUUAUUUAGUGUAAAUUUAAUGAAUAUUGAUUUGGCUUAGGUCUUUUUUUUCAUUAUAGAUUUUCUGAUAUUUUGGAAUAUUUCACUUAAAACGCAUUGAGGACAAAUUUAAUAACCUUUCAGGUCAGUUACAAAUAGAUUACACUGGCAUAGAUUUCUACCUGAUCAAUAAUUGGCAUUGAUUAUCAAUACCUAUUGGAGGCCUAUCUGAGUCUAACUAUAAGCAACCAGCAGCGAUGUUCAGCUGGCUUGGAAACGAUGACAGGAGGAAGAAGGAGCCAGAGGUCUUUCAGACAGUUAGUGAAGGAUUGAAGAAACUCUACAAAACCAAACUCCUGCCGCUGGAGGAGAGCUACAAGUUUCACGAGUUCCACUCUCCGGCCCUGGAGGAUGCUGACUUUGACAACAAGCCCAUGGUCUUACUGGUGGGACAGUACUCCACUGGCAAAACGAGCUUCAUACGCUACCUGUUGGAGCAGGAUUUUCCUGGGAUGCGGAUCGGCCCUGAACCCACCACAGAUUCCUUCAUUGCAGUGAUGCACGGUGACAUAGAAGGAGUCAUCCCCGGCAAUGCUUUGGUGGUUGAUCCCAAGAAGCCCUUCAGAAAGCUGAAUGCAUUUGGAAACGCAUUCCUCAACAGAUUUGUGUGUGCUCAGCUUCCUAACCCCGUGCUGGAAAGCAUCAGCGUAAUUGACACACCAGGGAUUCUGUCUGGAGAGAAACAGAGAAUCAGUCGUGGCUACGACUUUGCAGCUGUCCUGGAGUGGUUUGCAGAGCGAGUGGACAGGAUCAUUUUACUGUUUGAUGCUCACAAACUAGACAUCUCUGAUGAGUUCUCAGAGGUGAUAAAGGCCCUAAAGAACCAUGAAGACAAAAUCAGAGUUGUGCUGAACAAGGCUGACCAGAUAGAGACUCAGCAGCUGAUGAGAGUGUACGGUGCCCUGAUGUGGUCACUGGGGAAAAUAGUCAACACCCCUGAGGUGAUUCGCGUCUAUAUCGGUUCAUUUUGGUCCCACCCGCUGUUGAUUCCCGACAACAGGAAGCUGUUUGAAGCCGAGGAACAGGACUUAUUUAAGGACAUUCAGUCCUUACCGAGAAACGCAGCACUUAGAAAACUCAAUGAUCUGAUCAAGAGGGCGAGACUAGCCAAGGUCCACGCCUAUAUAAUCAGCUCACUGAAAAAAGAGAUGCCCGCUGUGUUCGGGAAGGAGAACAAGAAGAAAGAGCUGAUCGGCAGCCUCGGAGACAUCUACAAACGCAUUGAAAGAGAGCAUCAGAUAUCACCUGGAGAUUUUCCCAAUCUGAAAAAGAUGCAGGACCAACUCCAAGCUCAGGAUCUCACCAAAUUCCAACCUCUGAAACCCAAACUCUUGGAGGCAGUCGAUGACAUGUUAGCAAAUGACAUUGCUAGCUUAAUGGUCCUGGUCCGGCAAGAAGAAACCCAGCGGCCUAACCCAGUUGUGAAGGGCGGUGCAUUCGAUGGCACGUUGGACGGCCCAUUCGGUCACGGGUAUGGCGAAGGAGCUGGUGAAGGCAUUGAUGAAGCAGAGUGGGUCGUUGCUCGUGACAAACCUGCUUAUGAUGAGAUUUUCUACACGUUAUCUCCUGUCAACGGGAAGGUAACCGGAGCCAAUGCCAAGAAGGAGAUGGUGAAGUCAAAACUGCCCAAUACGGUGCUCGGGAAGAUCUGGAAGCUGGCAGAUAUCGAUAAGGAUGGGAUGCUCGAUGAUGAGGAGUUUGCUUUAGCCAAUCAUCUGAUAAAGGUGAAACUGGAGGGACAUGAACUACCAUCAGAUCUGCCUGCACACCUGGUGCCUCCUUCUAAGAGGAAAAUACCUGAAUAAAUAUAAUUCAGAUUACCCAUUACCUGCCCAGCCCCUAGAACCUGUGAGUAGCCCCUCACCCCUUCCCCAGAGAAAAUGAUCUUUAAUAGAAGAGGUGUCAUCCUGUAGCAUUACAGCAAAAGAAAAAAAAAAAAGAAGACAAGUAGAGCUCAUUUCAAAAUUCAUUCCUGCUCUGUUGCUGUGAUCAUCUCAUCUGUAGUCUUAAUUUAAGCGACCAAUAUAGUCGAAUAAACAUUCAUGAGACUGUUAGCGUACUGGCUGCAAGCUUUGCCUAAUGAAAAAAAAAACCCAGCUAACUUUAUCACUACUUUAGGAUUAAACCUGUUAACUUUAUAAAAUUAAACAGCUUUUAUCAGUUUUUCAAGUAUGCAAAACAUGACUCAGCUGUUUUGUAAAGCAGAAUACUUGAUAGAGUAGGUCAGAUGUUAGACAUGUGAGUUCAGUUAAAAGAAGAAACACUGGAAUAUAAAACAUAUAUACAUUUAUCUAAACUGCUGGAAAACAUGAGAGAAAAAAACACAUUAUUUUUGGCUGAGUGGUCGUGCUCUUGUUCAUGGUGACAUAUUAAACAACUACAAAGGCCGACGGUCUCCUGAGAAGCAACAACCUGAUAACAGAAUGAAAACAAUAUCCUAAAAAGAAACAGGACUGCAUUUCUUGUUAAACGUGACGCGCUGUUGUUCGUAUUCGUGUUUAUGACAUCACCAUCACUUAAUGUCGCACAUGACUCGACCUUGUGCUUUAGACGAGGGAACGUACCUCUAAUGGGGAACGAGUGGUUUGUUACCUGUGUGAUUUCUCAGUAGUUCAGAAUCUCAUUAACAUGUACUGAUGCUGUGAUCAUAAUAACAGACCAUAUUAUGGGCAUCGUUUGGAAAAGAGUGCGCCAGCAUGCUCUGAACAACUGUAUUGGUCGGACUUUAAAUUUUGAAUGUGCACACGUUUAUUGUUCUGUGUGGACACAUCCUGGCUAUUGUAUGUAUGUACAAUGGUACCUGACCACAUGUAUCAGUGUUAUUAUUUGUAAUAUGAUGUAGUAUGUAUUCUUAAGAGAAGCAUUACAAAAGCUACUGAGGCUGGAGUAUUUCAGUGGGAUGUCAACUGAAAAUUGAUCAGCUAUUAUUCACCUUCUAAAUAACCUAACGUAAUUGUCUGAAAGGACUGUUUGCUUAUAUUGUGGUGACACUAACUGACACACUUUAAAUGUUUCUUUAUGUUUUUGCUGGAAACGUUCCAUGUCAUGCAUUUAAAUUGUAUACAUGUAAUAAACAUAAUUCUUCUUUGCCAA